AUGUCAUCAAGAAGAUGGUUCCAUCCUAACAUAUCCACCGUAGAAGCCGAAAAGUUGCUGUUGAAAAAAGGCUUUAAUGGAUCAUUUUUAGUACACUUGUCAACUUCGAAUCCAGACGCUUUUACUCUGUCGGUGCGAAAAGAUCAGAAAGUAAUUCAUAUUGGAAUACAAAAUACUGGUUAUUUUUUACACGUCGAUAGUGACGAAAUAUUUGCUACUUUAACUGAACUCGUACAAUAUUAUAUGAAAAUUGGUGUAUUGAAAAGGGAGGAUGGUGAAGUUAUUAAACUGAAACAACCUUUAUUGCGAACUGGACCCUCCACCGUCAAUCAUUCUGGCAAUGAAUCUGGAAAAUUGCUAUUGAAUCGUGGAACAAAUGGCUCACCUGGGGAUUUUAGCUUAUCUAUACAGGCGAACAAUAAAGUAAGGCAUGCUGUAAUGCAUUGCCAGAAUGAUAAAGACGAUUCAGUCAAUAGCGGACAUUAUAAAUAUAAUGGUUUGGUGGAAACCCGCCAUGCAGAGGACGAUUUAUCGCAGCGGUUUAAUGCAGCACGCGUUGCAACGGCUAGCAUUGAUGCCUGCGUUGGGCAAAUAGUUAAGGACGGCUUUUGUGAAGAAUUAGAAUCCUUGUGCGAAGGCAGUAGUGAUAAACUGUAUUGCCAGGAAGGUUACAAAUUAGUGAACCGUAAUAAAAAUCGCUAUGGAGAUGUAUUACCCCACGACCACACCCGCGUUAAAUUGAUCGAUGUUGAUCAUAGUAUAGCUGGCGCUGAUUAUAUUAAUGCUAAUUAUAUAAGCUUACCUUUAGAUAGCCUACAUGCAAAUUCCCAUAGUACGAGGGUUAACACGUCUACUACUCACGCUGCCGCACAAAUGGGAAAAAGUUGUGCCAAUGGUCAGCUAUUCGGAAAAGGUUUGACAAAGGCGAAAUGUGCUGGGGCCACUGCUAGUUUGCCUGUCAACAACUGUGUAACAUGUAGUAAGAAAUCAAACAGUGUCUGCAAACAUCGACAUGGUGAGUCCGUUAUAAAAGCCAGUAAAAAUAAAAAUAUAUGUGCAGUACGUUCACUACGCAAUAUUUCAAUAUCGAACGCCAAUAAAGGAAACGCACCUCUUGUAGAAAAAAAUUUGUUAUGUAAAAGCUUGAGCAGCAAUCAACAGCGAUUAAAAACCUAUAUCGCCACUCAAGGUUGCCUGCCUAAUACAAUCACAGACUUUUGGAAUAUGAUCUGGCAAGAAAAUACACGUGUUAUAGUAAUGUUAACUCGAGAAGUGGAGCGUGGAAGGAGUAAAUGUGCAAAAUAUUGGACCAACAAAGGGCAAAGAAAACAGUUUGGACCAGUCAAGAUACAUUGCAUAUCAGAGGAUUCCUUUCUGGGGGAGUAUAUCUUAAGAGAAUUUUUAGUUUCGUGGGGCGAUCAAACCGAACGACAUAUUUAUCACUAUCACUUUCAAGCUUGGCCUGACCACGGCGUACCAACUAAUCCCGAUUGUGUAUUGGAUUUCCUUAAUUAUGUGAAUACUAAACAAAAUCAAUUGAUCGAAGCGGGAAAAGAGCCAGGGCCGAUAUGCGUGCACUGUUCAGCGGGAAUUGGUCGCACGGGUACAUUAAUUGUAAUUGAUAUGAUAUUAGAUCAAAUCGAUAAAUAUGGGGUAAAUACCGAAAUCGAUAUCAAACGAACGAUACAAAUGGCUCGUUUACAACGUGCCGGCUUAGUACAAACUGAAGCACAAUACAAAUUUAUACAUUACGCUUUACAGCGUUAUAUACAAAGAAUAUGUAAGAAGUAUUAAGCUGUUGGUGUAGCAUUUCAUUAGUUCAAGUUCACUUCAUGUGCAUUUAUUCGUCUUAUGCAGCUCAAUAUUUUCUACGUUAUCAAUGAAGAAGUCAUUGUUUCUACAAACGCAAUUGUUUUCGAAAA